AUGGAAAGACCCAACUGUGCUGCCACCAACAGCAUCACCAUUGGUCAGACACGAGUUCAUUCCACUUCACAGGCCAAAAAAACUGAAAAAUUCUGGAGACAUCCUAUCCCUUGCAUGGACAAGGAAGCUAUGGCUGAAGUGGAGGAAACCCUAAAGAGGAUUCAAGCCCACAAAGGGGUUAUCGCAACUAUUGUUAUAAACGCCGAAGGAAUUCCAAUAAGAACAAACCUUGAUAACUCUACAUCAGUCCAGUAUGCAGGUCUUCUUCAUCAGCUCACCAAGAAAGCUAGGAGCACAGUGAGAGACAUUGAUCCUCAGAAUGAUCUAACCUUUCUUAGGAUCAGAUCAAAGAAACACGAAAUUAUGGUUGCUCCAGAUAAGGAGUAUCUCCUGAUCAUUAUUCAGAACCCAUGCGAAUAG